AUGCAUGUGGAUUCGUUGUUCAGGCUACGUGGCAGCGAAGGCAUUGGGCACGUGCGCUAUCCCACGAAUGACAACCACGCGGAUUCACAAAUCCAGCCCAUCAUUUUGGAUGGCUACCACAGGACUAGUCUCAGUCACAAUGGGCACUUGACCAACCCUCAGCAGUUGAAAGCAGAGCUUCGCAGAGACGGGCUUGAACCACGAGACAACGUUGGCGACACAGAGUUAAUGUAUUUGGUGCUCACCUCAGCUCUACGGGUCGGACAUGAAUCCAAAGCCUCUCCGAAUCAAAUAAUUUCAGCAGUUUCAGAGGUGUAUAAGCGCUGCCAGGGAUCUUUUGCGUGCAUCUGCAUGAUCCCUUCGUUCGGGGUAGUCGCUUUUCGAGAUCCUUACGGGAUCAAGCCGCUUGUUUUUGGCGAGCGCGGGCAGGGGUCCUCUGGUUCAGACUUCGCGAUCGCAAGUGAGAGUGUUGUCUUGCAAAAGCUCGGAUUUGAAAAUUUCCAAGACAUCAAACCUGGGCAAAUGGUUCUAAUUCCGUCUUCAUGGCGAGGCAACCAUCAACCGAAUUUUCAUCAAGUAGUCGCUCCUCGGUCAUACGCUCCGGACAUCUUUGAAUAUGUUUACCUGGCCCGGGCCGACAGCGUAAUUGAUGGCGUUAGUGUCUACGAUAGCCGCAGGCAAAUGGGCGAGGCACUGGCUCGAGCUGUGAAGGACAAGCUGGGACCGGUUGUCAAGACAAUUGACUGCAUCAUCCCCGUGCCAGACGGUGGCUAUAUUGGUGCUCUAGAGUCGGCAAGAGCUCUUGGCAAACCUGUCAGCCUCGGUUUCGUUCGCAAUCAACACUCUUGCAGAACUUUCAUCAUGCCCAAUCAAGAGCAGCGACUUCGAGGAGUGCGGCGCAAAUUGAGCACCGUCAAUGCCGAAUUUCAGGGCAGGAACGUGCUUAUCAUAGACGAUAGCAUUGUCCGAGGCACUACGUCCCGAGAAAUCGUGGCCAUGGCAAGAAAGGCGGGGGCUCGCAAGGUUUACUUGGCCAGCCUUUCACCAGCCAUUAGAUUUAAACACAUCUACGGAAUUGACCUCGCGGACGAAGAGAAGCUGGUCGCUCACAAGCGCACCGAUGAAGAAGUCUGUGCCAAUCUUGGCGCUGACGGGCUGGUCUAUUUGCCGCUACCAGAGCUUGUAGACGCCUGCCAAAGGUCAACAGUUGGGGAUGGACCACUAGGAUUCGAGGUUGGCCUAUUUUCAGGGAAUUACGUGACGGAGAGGUACCCUGUUCCCCCAGCGAAAUCUGGAAUUGAACGGCUAAACUCCCUGCCCCGGUUCUACGACACAGCGGAAUUUGGAGGUCUACAUACGGCAGCUUGUCAUGCUUUGAGAGGUACCCGCAUAUUAUAA